CUGUCACGUUGUCAUGCGCAUAUGCUACCGUAAUGCUCCGCCAUCCAACCACCAGCGACAACCCCCACUUAGAAUGAUGGUAAAAGGGUACGUUUGAUUGUGCACAAAGUGCACAGGAUGGAGGAGGAAUGCCUUCAGGAGAAUAAAAAGUCCGAGAAAAUGAUGCAGACUGCGGUCGCGGGAUCGAAUACCUCAUCAGCUGACGUCCAUAAUGAUCGAGCACGUGCUUCUUGUCAAGAAGAGUUUACGUGCUCUCUUUACAUUUCGCGUGCCGUUGGGCCGCAAGGCCAAGUACAAGGAAUACAAGGUGGCGAGUUACUACGUUCCAACUUAGAAGAGGUAAUACGCGCGUCCGACCCCUUAGCAGCCUGGCACGUGUCUGAAACACCUUGUGGCCUAAUUGCAGCAUUCACACGCGAAGCUGAUGCUGAGAAACUAUUACAGCGUGGUGAUUUGGCGCGCAUUUUUGAAGGACCCGUACAAGUGGCUCGAUUCUCGGCGAAGGAUUCUCGUUAUAGACAGGCAGUUCUUCUUCGUGACGUACCUUGGGCCAUUCCUCUACAAGAUAUCAACUCAGCAUUGGCGAAGCAGGGAAUUGCAACAGGAAGUGUUGAACGUUGGCGACAAUAUAUACGUGUCGAGGUACUAGACGCUGGCCAUUAUGAGCUAUUGUUGCGCCAAGGACUGGACUUUUUCGGUGCGGCUCGUUUCAGUGCCAUUCCUGAGCGUUGGUGGCGUGGAGGAACCGGAAAUGCUGGUGGACCAUUGCAGGCAGGCACGGGAAUAGUGAGCAAUUUCCUUGAAGCAUCCAACUUUCAAACAGGGGAUGGUGUGCUGCAGUGUUAUCGGUGCCAGGGUUUCUGGCACAUGGCUGCCAACUGCAGACAUUUACCUCGUUGCGUUCGAUGUGGAGAGCCGCACAGCGUCGAAUUUUGUCCCAGACCUCGGAACAAUCCUAUCUGCUGCCAUUGUUCCGGUCCUCAUCACGCUGGUUACCGACAAUGUCCGGUUCGGCAGCAACUUUCGAACGCUACGCCUAUUAGCAUCACACUGAGCACUACUCGGAUUGGAAACCAGUACCCGGUGAACGCGGCUUCCAAGACGAACGCGACCGCUCACGAGCAGCAACCCUUGAAGUCGAGCCAAUCUUAAAUAGAAAUUACCGCAUAUUGACGUAUUGAUUAUUCACGCAUUGAUCUUAGGACUUCGUAAAUUGAUCGCGUUUAUCAGUGUUCAUAAGUAUGUUACGAUCAAUAGAGUUUUAAGCUCGCGUUCAAUUUUAAACUAAACAUAGAAAU